CACACCGCUUGUACAGCUGUACAGUUGCAUAGUGAUGAUUCGGUAUGAAAAUUCGAUAGUAUCGAUGGAUUUCCAGCUCUACAACGCGCCGACAAGAUGAAACAGUGGCUGUACUGGUGUCGCCUUUGCGCCAAGAACGACGCCGAGAUCAAGGUGCGAGACAAUGCAGGCGAUGAGGAAGUUGUAAGGAUAAUAAGCAAAUGCUUUGAUGUGGAGAUGACCCUGGAGGAGCCGGAACUGGGCAGCAUGCUGUGCACCGAAUGCUUCUCCAUGGUUGGCCAGCUGAUUAGCUUCUCCGAAAAUGUUAACAAGGUACAGGCAAUCUUUGAGCUCUUGCGUCACACGGAGACAACUGAGACGCUCAAUGUGUUUGAGCUACGUCGCCAGUACGGGCUGUCUGUCGACUACAAAACAGAAUGCGACGACUACGGUGAGGAUGCAACCGAUACGUUCGUUGAGCCAGAAAGCCCGGUCUGUGUCACGCCCGAAGAGAAGAUGCACAUAGAAGAGCUGAUUGCUACAGACAAUGAACAUCCUAGCGUGUCCCGCAUCAAAAGAAAACGAGGUCGUCCCAAAGGUACUGCCAAGAAGCCAAACAAUGCAAACACUCCCACUUCAUCUCCAUUGGCAAAAUAUGCUGCCCGCACUGAACCAAAACGCUUCAUAAAACUCGAACCGGACACGCAAAGUGAAUAUUCUCCCUUACCUGACUACGAGAGCUGUGAUACUCAGCCGGAGGAACAGCAAGAGAUGAAGAGUGCAAGUCCUCCAGCUACGGGGAACAACACCUGUAAAAUUUGCAAAAAGACGUUUACCUCGGCAGCGUCUCUGAGGCGACACAAGCUGGAGGUGCAUUGCAACCUAAAACGCUUCAUUUGUGAUGUUUGCGGAAAGGGACUGACCACAUUCACGGCUCUCGUCGAGCACAAGCUUGUACACACUGACUACUGCCCCUGCAUCUGUCACGUCUGCAAUGCGGCGUUCAAAAACAAGGCCCGACUCCGGGUCCACUUGCAAACCCAUGGUGCACCAAGCUUUGAGUGCAGCCUAUGCGGAAAGAAACUACAGACACGAGCAAUAUUAAACAAGCACAAGUAUGUGCAUACGGACGAGCGCCGCUUUAAGUGUGAUAUUUGCGGUCUCGGCUCUAAAAACUCGACGGCCAUGAAGAUACAUCUGUUGAGCCACACGGGAUUGCGACCGUACGUAUGCAAGUACUGUGGCAAGGGUUUUGCCAGCAACACAAAUUGUCGCGCCCACAAGCUUAAGAAGCAUCCAAGCGAGGCGUCGAUGGAGGAUGAAAAGGAAUCUUCCCGCAUACCCGUCCCCACGUUGGAUGAGCUGCGAGCCAUAACCCGUGAAAUGGCAAAGACUAAAAGAGAGGCAGAAGAAGCCGAGGAGGCGGCAGAGGCAGCGGCGGAAGAACUAGAAGUAGUUUCAGAUUGAAAAACAAUAUAUUUUGCAUGUUUUAUUGGAUCCAAAAAAUAAAAUCUGUCUGCAAAGAAUACCAACCC